AGCAGCGGAGCACUAAGGAGGAUAAACAAGGAAACUAGACCGCCUCGUCCUCUCCAAACGACAGGGCAAACUUAGUGAAAAUGAGUGACGCUUUUCUGCUCAAACUUACCUUGAUUUUGGCGGCUGCGCUGAUUGGUGGAUCCCAUUCCGAGGGGGUGUGUCUUCAGGAUGGUAAACACAAAGCUGCGCCCAGCCCCGAGGCUCACCUGCAGGAGUGCUCUCUCUACGCAGACAACAGCUGCUGUACAGAGGAGCAGAUCCAGGACAUCUCACAUGUCCCCACAGCCAGCAAUAAGAACGAGCCCUGGGACAAGUGUGGACCACUGAGCUCCGAGUGUGAGGUCUUCCUGAAGCGCGUGUCGUGUUUUUACCGCUGCUCUCCGGACGCCGCGCGCUGGCCUCAUCCUCAGCGCGCCUCCUACAUCCAGGCCGUGCCACUGUGCCACAGCUUCUGCAGGGACUGGUUUGAGGCAUGCAGGACGGACAUGACCUGUGCCCGCAAUUGGGCCAAAGACCCCCGGGGGCAGAACUGCACAGGAUCCUGCGUUUCAUACCAACAGAUGUACCAGCACGGGCGGGACCUGUGUGAGAACUUAUGGGGUGAUGCCUUCAUGACGGUGGAGGACGAACCCGAGGAGCUGACGGACAACACUGGAGCUCCAUGUGGAUGUCUGACCCUCAGCGCCUCCGACAGAGACAAGAUGGCCGCCCUCAGAGCCCAGCAGGACGACCCGGAGGAACUGGACACCACCAAGACGGGCCUGCCCCAGUACCGCGCCCCCUGCCAUUCCGCACCUCCACUCCCCCAAACCCAGAGGAGGGCAAACUUGGUGCUACGGAAACGAUCAGUUGGGGUGGAUGACGGGGAGGGUAGUGGCAGUGGUUUGUAGACUCAACCAUUGAUGGUGAUGUAAUAGAGACAGUUAUUAUUCAUUUUACUGGAGUUAACCUUUCUCCAUUAACUAAGCACCAUAGCUGUCAGCAUUUUAGAUAAUGGGUCAACAUAUUACAUGUAGAAAUUCAGAUAAUAAUUGUUUUCUGGAUCAAAGAGCUGCCAUAUUGGUUUUGGAAUUUUUUAAUGGUGGCAAAGGCUGGUGUGUAGAUUUUAAUGAGUAUAAUAGGGAUAUUGCACAGAGAUGUACUAUAUGCAAAUGUAUAUUUAACUAUUGCUGGGGUUCAGAUGACAUCAUAAACCGUAUAAUUUAAUCAGAUGGGGGCAGCUACAAUGAGUGUUGUUAAAAUGCAGAUUUGUGUUGUAAUAUAGCACGUUAUAGGGUCUAGUAACAAAUACAUGUGAUCAGGUUCUACGUGUUAAUUUACCUCUUACAUAUGUCAUAGGAAAGUACAAUGUAAUCAGUAGGAAAAACUCUCUUUGUCCCCCAUCUUAGAGUGUGAGAUCUGUAAACCACUAAUACAGAGCAGUUGUACAUACUAGAACAUGUAAAUGAUGGACUAUUCUUAGCCCCGUCAACAUAUGAACGACCAUUCAUAUUGUCUUUGAAAGAACAAUCAAACACUUAUUACAAAUAUUAUGUGUAUUUCCCUUACCAUGUGUCUAUAAUCAGUCAUUUAGGACUUCUGUGAUGCUGUGAUGAUGUACAGUUUUCUUGUCGUACAUGAGCAGUACAAUAGUGGAGACAAAGUAAUGAAUGUAUUUUAGUCUUUCUAACAAGUAGUGGAGGCUGAGGCAGAGGAGAUGUGCUCUGACAGUUUAAUAAAACCUGGGGGUAGAAUUAUAUGCAGAAACAGAAGGUCCCUUGCAGACUGUGUGACCUGCCAGAGGAAGCAUUGACACCAGAUGAGACUUUUCUGUGUUUCUCUAUAAUGAUACUGUAGAACAAAUAUUUGUUAGACCCAGUUUAUACAAACAGUAAUUGAUAAAAGAUGGAAUGUGCCUCUUGUUCUAAAGGAUG